AUGGACUCUGAUCAAGCAAAGCUGUUCGUGGGGGGCAUCUCUCGGGAGACAAGUGAAGAGACACUGAAAUACCAUUUCCGGAGCUACGGCACCGUUGUGGGCUCGGUCAUCGCCAAGGACCGCAGCACCAACCACCCUAGAGGCUUCGGCUUCGUCUGGUUCUCUGACUCGUCUUCGGUUGAUAAAGCCCUAGAAGAUCCCCAUGUGAUUCUGGGGAGAACGGUAGAUGUAAAGAAAGCCUUUCCCAGAAGCGAACAACUCAGAAACCAACAUCAAAGUACUUGGUCGAGUAGGAGUAGUAGUAGAAGCUUUGAGAAUAGCCACAAUCAGUUUAGAACAAGGAAGAUAUUUGUUGGGGGUUUAUCAGCGAGUCUGACUGAGGAGGGGUUUAAGGAUUAUUUUGAGAAGUUUGGGAGUGUAACGGAUGUUGUGGUGAUGUAUGACAACACAACCCGCCGACCUAGGGGGUUUGGUUUUGUUACCUUCGCUUCGGAGGAUGCUGUUGAGAAUGUUAUGCAGCAAAGCUUUCAUGAGUUGAAUGGUAGGUUUGUGGAGGUCAAGAAGGCUGUGCCAAAGGAGGAGAAUAACAGUAACGACAGUGGUUAUACACCGGUCAAUUACCCUCCUUAUACUUAUAGUCCUACUCCAUAUGGGAUUCUUCCUAGUCCCACACCUUAUAAUGGGUUUGGGCCAUUUAUGUAUGGAACCGGUGUUUAUGGCGGUUGGUACCCUACGGGAGGAUCUGGUGGGAUUCCUUAUGGCAUUGCUCCAAUUGCUCCUCAGGCCUGGAUGCUUCCUUAUGGCAACUCUUUAUAUCCGAGCCACAUGCGUGGUGGGGGCUUGGUGGCAGGUGGGUAUAGUGGGAUUCUGGGGCAUGGUGCUGUUGGUGGCAUAUCAAAUCAGGUUGUUUUUGGCAAUGGGCAGGCACCAGCUUCUGUGAAGUCAUCUCGGGUUGAAGCGGAGAAACUAGAUGUGGAUUCUGGAAGCAACAGUGCUGGUUUGAAGAAAAGAAAUUCAAAGAGGUCUUGA